AUGACUGCGGAGAGUGCCGAGUCCAAGGGGCCCAUGCGGGAACCGGAGCAGGGGGGGCCCAAGGUGCCGGCGCCGCCCGUCCCCUCACGGCGCCGGAGCCGCCGCCUGCGGCGCAAGCCCCCAACGGAGCCCCCGCUGAAAGGGCAGCUCCGCAUGCGCUCACCCGCGGGAGCCUUUGUCAUGGUGGGCAUCUCAGUGGUCCUGGUGGGCAUGACCAUUGCCGUGGUGGGCUACUGGCCUCACCGGGGACAUGGGGGCACCGGGGCCAGCGCGGGGAACACCAGUGUGGUGGGCGACAUGAGGAGGGAGGUGGCAGCCGGGCGCCACGUGUCCCACAGUGAGAAGCUGAAGCUGAUCGGCCCUGUCAUCAUGGGCAUUGGGCUCUUCAUCUUCAUCUGCGCCAACACAAUGCUGUACGAGAACAGGGACAUGGAGACCCGGUGGCUGAUGCAGAAGGGGCUCUACGGCCUGACAGUGGGGCUGCCUGAGGGGACCAGCCCUGAGGAUGGGCACUACCAGCGUGGGGACAGCCAGCCCUUCCCCAAGGCCAAUGCUGAGUGUGUGGAGGGCUGUUACCAGGUGGACCUGUCCUGCCAGCCCUGCCCCGGCCCCAGCAGCAAGUGGUCUGACUGCUACGGCCCCAACCGGCUCCAGACCAUGGCCGAGUUCCUGCAGCACCCAGCAGCCUCCCCUGCAGCCUCCCUCCACAGCCUCCGCUCCACUGAGGUCAACCUGAGCCUCCCGUGCCGCGCUGGAGCCGAGUCCCUCCUGUCCUCGGCCGUGGGGGCCCUGGCACUGCCCAUCAUCAAGCUCAACAACUGCUUGCUGGACGGGGCAGCGCGGGGGGCUGGCGGGGGGGUGGGGAGAGGCCCUGCUGAGCAUUCCCCCAAAACACCACAGCUCGCCCGGGCUCCGCUUUCCAUUGGUGACAGCAUGGCGCCCUGCAGCCAGGAUGAUGGUGGUGCUGAUGGUGGCCACGUUAUCAUCACCAUGGAUGACAGCUGUCCCAGUGCGGAGCCGCUGGUGGAGCUCAGCCCUGAUGUGCACCCCCACACCCCAGGACACUCCAAAUCCCUGGACCUUGGCCGGCCAGGGCUGCUGCUGCUGGCCCCCAUCAAGGACCGUAAGAACCGGAGCUGGCCUCGGCUGGACCAUGUCAGCCUUGUGGGCUACGCCAAACUGGAAAGUACUGGCGAGUCCUUGGACCAGCUGCUGGAGCCCAGUGAGCCCCCAAGCCAGGGUGAGCCCCGACCCAGCUCCUGGGUGGUGGGGGUGGAGCAGGGCACACAGGUCUGAUGUCCCCUACACCUUUGGGGACUGUAACAUCCCAGUCCCUCAUCCUGGGCCCCUGUACCCACCAGCGACCCCAAAACCCCACAUGCAGGAGGGGUUUGGGGGCAGCAUUUUUAAGCCAAUGCCAAGAGGAAGGUCCUGAUCCUCCGCUCCUGGGGGAGGACUCGCCUAGGGUGAGAUGUCCUUCCCAGUAGAUGCCCUUGGCCUUACAAGCCCUUCUCCUGGUGGCUUUUCCAGAGGAGUCCUCGCUUUGAGACCCCACACAAAUUGUGGGGUGGAGGCAUGGGGGCAGGUGAAGCCCCACCAGCCCCCACAGCACUUUAUUUCAGUAAGGUUGGGGUGGGAAGAUGCUUUGAGGGGUGGUGUCCCCUUGUCCAGCCUCAACCCACCAGAAAAUUUGCUUUGCCAGAGCACGUAGGUCCAAUGGGGCUAUUAAAUAUUAUCUGGAUGCCA